AUGAGCUUCUUGUUGCUUCUAUUCUUCGUUUUUUUCACUCCCCUCCUGUUGCUUCUAGCAUGGCUGGGUCUUUCGUCCUGCAUGAGGAACCGCCGCCUGCGAUCGUAUUUCGCAGCCUCGCCCGCCGGACCGGGCAUCGACUCGUACGGUAGACACUAUCUCCGCACAAUGGUCAACACCGGGCCCGCCAUGUCCGAGCAGAUCGAGCUGGACGAUAUGAUGCGAGGAUCGGAACACGAGGAAUAA